AUGCCUCUCUUCCAUCAUCAGACACAAAAUCAACAAACGUCCCCACACGGUCAACAGCAGCAAACAGGUCGCAAGUCCAUCACGUCGAUCUCACAUGCAAAUAGUGCCCCGUAUGCUAAUCGUAUCAGCGCACGCGAUCAAGUUUUGCCGGUAAAAACAGCUCCCGUGGAACUUCGAACUAAACUAACCGAUUUUAGUCUUGCAAUCGAACUUCGUAAAAACGAAGAGGUUUUAGCAGAGUCUGGUGGUAUUCCCAUGUAUAUGGUUCCAGAAGUACUAACCGAAAAGCCCUAUACCAAACCGUAUGACGUUUGGAGCCUGGGCAUACUAAAGUGUCAACUAUUGGCCUCGUGCUACGCUUCUUGGUGGGGCCUUUGA